UAUCGAGAAGUCAGGGACAUGGGAUGUGGAGUUGAGCCAUUGAAAUACCUGCGGUUCCGCCGCCGACUCAGGGAAGCAUGUUUGGUCUUUGGGCCUUGAUCUUGAACCUGGGCUUCAUUCUUUUUGACCUUUGAGAAGCAAGUUGGCUCUUGAAUGAGCCUGACUGAGUUGUCUUGUUGAUUGAGAGUUUGCCUCAACGACACAUAAGGUCCGACUUACACGGUUCCGCAAAUACCAACCUCCCUUGCCAAGUGGUUUCCAACGCGCUUCCAUUUCCCGUAAUGGAACCCAAAUCAGCCAUCGUCGACCACGACGCAACCGAGCAGACGGACGUCAAAGACGUACAAGAUGGAACCUCCCAGUACGACGAGACCCUGGCGCCGACGCCCGCACAAAACAGGCGCAUCCUGUGGAAGACUGACCUCGUCGUCCUCCCCUGCGCCGUAAUCAGCAUGACCCUCGCGUUCCUCGACAAGAACGCCCUAGGCUUCGCCGCAAUCUUUGGCCUCCGACAAGACGCAAACCUAAAGGGGCAGGAAUACUCCUGGCUCGGCUCCGUCUUCUACUUUGGCUACCUGGCCAUGGAAUUCCCGGCCCUCUAUCUUAUCACCAAGCUCCCCAUCGGAAAAUUCAUCGGCGCCUGCCUCGUCCUAUGGGGCGCCUGCAUCUGCCUCAUGUCCGCCUGCCACAACUUCGCCGGCCUCGCCGCCAUCCGCGUCCUGCUCGGCAUCUUUGAGGCCGCCCUGCUCCCCUGCAUGCUCGUCCUCAACGCGACGUGGUACCGCCGCGAAGAGCAGCCCCUACGGACGGCGCUGUGGCAUAAUACCUUUGCCGGCGUGUUUGGCGGUAUUCUGUCUUACGCGAUUGGGAAUAUUAAGGGGAGCCUGUCGACGUGGAAGUACAUCUUCAUCAUCUACGGCGCCGUCACCGUCCUCGUCGGGUUCGUGGUUCUCUUUGCGCUGCCCGAUUCCCCGCAAAAGGCGUGGUUCUUUGACGAGCGGGAGAAGAGACAGGUCGUCUCCCGCCUCGCCGAGAACCAGACGGGCGUCGACGUCAAGAAGAAGUUCGACGCGCAGCAGAUCCUCGAGGCUGUCAAGGACCCGAAAUGCUGGUGCGUAUGGGCCUGCGCCAUCGGCUACGCCGUCGCCAACGCGGGCAUCACAAACUUCAACCCGCUCAUCAUCUCGGGCUACGGCUUCAGCCAGACGAAAACCGUCCUCAUGGCCACCCCCCAAGCCGCGGUCGCCAUGGUCGCCGGCGUCGUCCUCACCACAAUCUCCAUGUUCGUGCAGAACCUGCGCUGCCUGUUCUGGAUCUUCUCCGCGCUCGUCGGGCUCGUCGGCGCGGUGAUGGUACACACGCUCGACAUCAACCAGAACAGAAACGCUAGCCUGGCGUGCGUGUACAUCAUGGGUUUCUAUAACGUCCCCUGGGUCUUUAUGCUGAGCCUCAACUCGUCCAACACGGCGGGCGCGACAAAGAAGAGCUUCAUGGGCGUCACGGUGGCCGUGUGCUACGCCGUCGGCAACAUUGUCGGACCCCAGCUGUUCUUGUCGAGCCAGGCGCCGCGGUACCCGCUCGGCAUCAGCGCCAUGAUGUUCGCUUUUGCGCUCAUGGCCGCGUCCGGGCUCGUGUACUACCUUCUCUGCGUGGCCGAGAACAGGCGUCGCAAUUCAAAGUUUGGGGUGCCCGAGGAUAGGUUGCAGGCUGGUCUUGAGCAGGAGAGGGAGGAUAAGACUGAUGGGGAGAAUAAAGACUUCCGGUAUACUUACUAAUCGUUUGGUCAUCUGUCGUAAAGCGAGAUGUAGUUAUUGCCCCCGACGAGGGCUAAUCCAAUUUUCAAUCUGAUUUGAUGAGACUUCUAUGCAAUUGUAGUGUGGCAACCGGGCCCAUGGUGUCCAGUAGGGUGAACCAGAAGAUGAUGCUCCAGAAGAAUGAUCAA